AACAGCUAGACUCAUCCCCAGUUGGAGGAAAGCUGGUCAGCUUUGGAAACAUGGGUCUGAAGCUGCUUGAGUCCCAACUUUGUCUCCUGCUGCUGCUGGGACUUGUCCUAACGCUUGCCUCGUGCCAGCGACCAACCCCUUCCCAGCGGUUUGGCAUCCAGCAUAUCUAUAACAGAGCCUAUCCCCGAUGUGAUGAUGCAAUGCGGGUCGUUAACAAUUACACAGGAGUAUGUAAAGACAUGAAUACUUUUCUUCAUACAACUUUUGCUAAUGUUGUCCGUGUGUGUCGUAAUCCACGUAGGAUCUGCAGAGAUAGAAGUAGAAAUUGUCAUGAUAGUUCAAAUCGGGUACAAGUAACUAUUUGUAGACUCACAGCUCGGGCCAGGCAUUAUUCUCAGUGCAGAUACAAAACAACAACAUCAGUGAACUACUACAGAGUGGCCUGUAACCGCAGAACUCCUCGGGACAGUCGGAGAUAUCCAGUGGUUCCAGUUCACUUGGAUGGGACAUUUUAG